AAAAUUAGGAUUAACUACCUUUUAAACAUCUGUGUGGUGUGCUCCAAAGAAAUUCUGUCCUGUUUAGGAGCUCUGCUGCAGGAUGUCACUCACUGACAUGCUGGCCAUUGUUGGUGGAUUUACUCUGGUUUUCUACCUGCUGAAACUCGCCUGGGGGUGUUGGUGUGGAUUCAGAGAGUUUGUUUUAUCAGAGCACUGGAAAGUGGAUUUAAGGACAUAUGGACGAUGGGCAGUUGUCACUGGUGCCACGUCUGGAAUUGGUAAAGCUUAUGCCUGUGAGCUGGCACAAAGAGGUCUCGAUGUUAUUUUGGUAAGCAGAUCUGAAGAUAAGCUUCGGACGGUUGCCAAAGAGAUAGAGAAUGAGUACGGACGAAAGACUCGCACCAUCCAGGUGGACUUCACAGAAGGCCACAGGAUCUACCCCGUCAUAGCCAAGGAACUAGAAGGCCUGGAGAUUGGAAUUCUGGUUAACAACGUGGGAAUGAUCUAUACUGAAAACUUUGCCUGUUUUAUGGAACCACCAGAUGCUGAGGAGAAAACCAAUCAGCUUAUUAACUGCAAUGUGCUGUCCGUCCCUCAGAUGACCAGACUGGUUCUUCCAGAAAUGAUUAAAAGAGGAACAGGGCUGAUCAUCAAUAUCUCAUCAGCAGUGGGCGUCCGUCCACAGCCUCUGUUGGCUCUUUAUUCAGCCACCAAGAUUUUCGUAACAUAUUUCUCUCAGAGUCUGCAUGCUGAGUACAAGUCAAAGGGAAUUUCAGUGCAGUGUGUGGCCCCCUUCUUUGUGUCCACCAACAUGACCAACAACAUGGAGGUCAACUGUUUGGUGAAGAGCGCUUCAGACUUUGCCCGUGAAGCGCUGAACACCGUGGGUCACUCCAGCUACACCAGCGGCUGCCUGUCUCACGCCCUGCAGAGCGCGGCGUUCUUGGUGCUCAUGCCGGACUGGUUUCGUAUGUCGACAUUUCUCAUCAGAAAACUGAAAAAAAUUCCCAAACUGGGGAAACAUGAUGGUAGACUAUGUAAGGACAACAAGAGGCUCAAUGACAAGGAGGAGUAGUCGUGUGCCUGCAUCUGUACAGACGUUAUGUGAAUUUGUUUUUGAAGAUGACUGACAUAAAUGUGAAUCUUCACUGUACUGUAUUAUCAUAAACUGCUAUAAAAUACAUAUAAGUACUGUUAAGUUCA